UUUGAUAACAACUAAUUUGUUAGGACGGAGGAGGAAGAAGCGUUUUCAGCACAACAAAAACAUCAGUCACCAGUAUGUGUCAGGACUCUUGGUAGGAGAGCAAUAGAUAUCAAACAAGUGCUUCCUCUAAUAUCUGCAACGUAGGCCCUUUUUUUUAGAUUUAGGAAAAGGUUGGAUAAUAUAUGUGCAAAACGAGUAGGCUAACCUGCUAGCUGUGGGUCCUCUGAUAUUAAAUUGUCCGCAGCUGGAUGAGUCGGCUCGUCUCAGCUGGCUAUAACAUCGACGUUACUAUGGUGACAGUCUGGACGAGGACUUAAUGACGAGGCAUGGGAGGAAACUGGGGUGUGAUUUCGACACCUGGGAUCGUCUUUAGGUUUGUUUACAACCGAAUGCCCACACAGUGAAGGAGUCGCUUGUUCUCGUACAAGACAUGACGACAUUUUUCACCUGACAUCAGCCUCACACUCGGACGUCGGUGAUGCUGUCGGUGGCUGGACUUAUGCCCUGGUCGUCGGGAUAGGGGGACACAGCACCCAAAAAAAAACAAACUCCAUUGUCAACCAUGAAAAACUGCGAGUAUCAACAAAUCGACCCGCAGGCACUUCCGACUCAAACCCCUCCACCUCCUCCUCUCCAAGAAGAAAAGGAGGAGGAGGAAGAAGAAGGAGGAGAAAAGAGAGAGGAGCCGAGAAGACCGAGGAGAAAGUGGGAAGUUUUCCCCGGGAAGAAUCGCUUCUACUGUGACGGACGGAUUAUAGUGGCCCGGCAGGGUGGGGUCCUGCCCCUCACCCUGGGCCUUAUUCUCGUCACAUGUGGAUUAUUCUUUGUAUUUGACUGCCCCUUCCUGGUCAAACACCUGACAAGCUGCAUCCCAUUUAUUGGAGGUGGCUUGUUUGUAUUUGUGGUCAUCACCCUGCUCCAGACCAGCUUCACUGACCCGGGCAUCCUGCCCAGAGCAACACCAGAUGAGGCUGCAGAGAUCGAAAAACAGAUUGACACCACUGGAAACAGCAGCUAUCGGCCUCCACCGCGCACGAAGGAGGUCGUCAUCAACCAGCAGGUGGUGAAGCUCAAGUACUGCUUCACCUGCAAGAUGUUCCGACCCCCGCGCACCUCCCACUGCAGCCUGUGUGACAACUGUGUGGAGCGAUUCGACCAUCAUUGCCCCUGGGUGGGGAACUGUGUGGGAAAACGCAACUACCGUUUCUUCUACACCUUCAUCGUGUCCCUGUCCUUCCUGACGGCGUUUAUCUUCGGCUGCGUGACCACACACCUCUCACUGAGGGCCCAAGGAGGAAAAGGCCUGGUGUUUGCUCUGCAAGAGAGUCCUGGCAGUGCAGUGGAGCUGGUGAUAUGUUUCUUCUCAGUCUGGUCCAUCUUGGGCCUCUCAGGCUUCCAUACUUACCUUGUUGCUUCCAACCUCACCACUAAUGAAGACAUUAAAGGCUCCUGGUCAGGGAAGGGUGGAGAAGAUGUCACCAACCCAUACAGCCAUAAAAACAUCUUUAUCAACUGCUGUGCUGUGCUCUGUGGACCCAUGCCGCCCAGCUUGAUUGACAGACGAGGUUUCCUGCCCUCGGAUGAGUCUGUCCAGACGGCGAGUGUGGACAUCGAGCUGCCCACCCAGGCCACUAAAAGCGAGAUAAAUGUGUGCACACAGGGAACUAAAGGUCUGCUGGAGUCAGCCACACGCUCACCGCUCAUCUCCACGUCCUGUCCUCAGGGGAAACCUCAGACAGCUCAUACCUGCCCGGACAUCAGCCCCGCACUAAACCCUGAUCCCUCACCUGAGGUCUCCACGAGUUGCGGGGCCCGUCAUAUCACUCACAGAGAGAACUCUCUGCCACGUCACACCAAGACUCGUUCAAAGAAAAGCAAACGAGAAGCGUUGCAUAUUCCCAACCCGGUCUUUGAUGUCCCUGUUUCCCCUACCUCUCUGGAUGCUGGCCCCAUCUCCAAAUCUGGGGGCGACAAAGAUGCCAGCUUUACCCCUUUGCACUGACUUUGUUUGACGCUUGCAUGCUGUAAAACAGUCAUGAUUCAAGUUGUUAGGACUCGUUUUUUUUAAUAUUAUUCAUUGGUUUUCUGAAACUGCUGGGUCUUGAUAUUGUGAAUGAGGAUGACAAUCACAAAGAUAAUGUAUGUGUGUGCUCAGUUUGAUGUGAAAAUAGAAAUGGAUGGCGUUUAUUAUGCUGGAAAAGGAUGCAGCUGGAGACUCUGGUACUGAUUGGGCCAUUUGUCUUUCUGAUGAUUUACAUGUAAAAUGCCAGCAUGCCAGAUACACUGAAUAUUGAAAAAAAAACCCAUUUGAUUGGAUGUAUCAAGGGAGCUGAGAAACUGUAUGGAUGAAAGUUGCUUCUAAAGGUAACGUCCAUCCCAAAUAUAUAGAACUCACAUGUGUUAUUCCUAUAACAUUGUGGGGGCUUCGUUUAUAGUGUGAUCCUGAGAUAGUUUUUCCUCCUAAAGCUGUACAGCACAGGGACAGUUUGUACUGAUGAUGUCAUAGUAAUACAGAUAGGCAGUGAAUAAUGGAAGAUGUUAUAGCAUCCAUGGAGCUCUUUCCAGGAUAUGAGGGACAUUUUUCCAUUUAUACCUGAAAGCUUAUUCUCAUAUCAAAGUCCUUUGGUCGAAGAGACGGAUGACAAGCUACAGGGAAAGGCGUGUUGGUUUCCAUUUGUAGUCGAAGUAUAGUCAUGUCUUCAGCAAUCCCAGAACAUCUGACAACAAUAAAGCUUCUGAUUCAUCUGUAUUGACAAAUAUCUGCAAAUAAGUACAGAUGUAAGUCUGGCAAUUGUUGCUGCUUCACUACAUCUCCAGUAUAUGGAAAAGAAAGUCAGGCUCCGGAUUUCUUCCAUCAUGCUGAUGAGAAAAUUUCCAUCACUCAGAGACUGAAGUUACUUUAAUCUGAAGAUUCACCUCAUUCAUUUAGGCCAGUGGCUCUCAACUGGUCUAGCCUCAGCACCCACCACCAGCUCCUUCAAUAGAAAUCGUAACACGAAUUUCAGAUAUUUUUUAACCUAUCAGAUUUGUUCAAUGAAAAAUUGUCCACUUUGGACAUCAGACAGUAACACAACGAGACAGAACCAAGAAACAAAACAUACAUUUUUGGAGAAGCGCUUCAUAGACUUUUUUUUUGACACAGUAUUUUUUUCAGGCACACAUUAGCGACCCACUCAAAAUGGCUCUGUGACUCACUUUUGGGUCCUGACCCACCAGUUGAGAAACAUUGAUUUAGGCUCUCAUAUUAACAUAUUUACUAUCUCUAACAAAAGUGUAAGGGUCUAUAAGGUUUGCUAGUCAUGGUUGAUAGAUCAAUUCCAAAACUGUCACAAGAUGUUAUCGUCACAGCCUUCUGUGUUUAAUUAACUUCGAUGUUCUUUCGUUGGGAAACACAUGUGAGUUCUGUUUUGGGUGGAGUUUCCCUUUAAUUGGGCGACCAGAGCACAGUAUUUUAAACAUGUAUCAGUUGCAUCAAUGUUCAGAUUUCUGUUCUUUAUUGUUGGCAGGGAAUGCAUCUGCAUGAUAAUGACUAUAGUGUAUAGUUUUUAUUUAUUUUCAUCCACUCUGUCACAGAUACACCUGAGAGGUCCUUUUUCUUGGAAAGGUGUGAUUUUGAUUCCUGAGUAAGUAUGUGUAACUAAGGUGAGGGAGUAAUGCCCAUUACCCCGUGCUGCUCCACUUCCGUUUGUGUUAUUAAUGUCACACAAUAGCUGUGUCUCAAUUCAGGGGUCGCAUCCUCUGAAGGACCCCAGCCUACAAAGGAUCCAGACUCCGUAGCCUAUGCAGACUGCUCUGGCUGAGACCGUCAGUGGAUUUGUCGUUUGCAUCACCAGCUGUUCGUUACUCAUCGCCGCCCCUGUUUUCGUGAAACCUCGAUUGCUGCACCGGUUCCAGCUAACUUAACUAACGUUUGAAUUGGUGCACAAUGAAUUGUAGGAUAUGUUGGGCCAUGAUGCAGCUGAUGGAUCCUUUGUUGGCCGCAUUUAAAGGAGCCUUUUGAAUGGGACAGCCCCACAGACUGUGUAUAAAACAUGGACAUACUCUCAGUGAUGUAACCUUUUGGUUUCUGAAGUAGAGAUUGCUGUCAACUUAAAUAAUGGAAAUGCUGUCUCAAAAUAUCUUUCGGUCAAUCUAGAAACAGUAGAGAUUUCGAGCUGAGGCGGGCCUUAAGCCCGUCAAUCAGAUCAGCCACGCCCCUUUUUAUGAAUGAUUCUUCGCCCUAAUAUCCUCAAAAUGGACGAGUUACAAGCCAGACUGUAAACAUGUUUAUUUCUGCUGUAAAGUCAGUCAUCUUUGAAAGGAUUUGUUUGUUUCUUAUUGAGCUCUAUCUGCUGGCCUCAAGUGGAUACUCGGGGAACUGCAGGUUUUUUUUCAUUGGCUUCUUUUUUCAAAGCUGGAGGUCGUCGCUUGGAAAGCCCUCAGUGUGCUGCUGUGACAUAAUAGGUCUUCAAAUUUUCCCUCCAGAGGAUGAGGCCCCUAAAUGGAGCCACAGCUAAUGAUUGAAUCUGUUAAACCUUGAAUUCCUGUUCUUCAGUUUGUAUCAACAUUAAUACCUGUUCUCACCUCUGUACUGUAGGACUGUUUUACUUUGCUCACUUUGACAGAUCCACUUACAUGUUUGUAAAGGUGACUGUUGGUUUGUUCUCAGGUGGAAAGUUGUGGGUUUUUUGGUAUCCCAAAUGCAACUUUUAUGUGACAAGUAUUAUAUUAAAAACCACAUUUUAACCUGAUGGCAAUAGCUGCACGAAAAUGCAAUGAUCCAAAUAACCAUGCACACUUGCACACCCUCACUGUCAAUCAGUAGCUAACCUAACAAGAGUGUUACUAUUAGUGGAAAACUCACUUGUUGUGCAACAUUUUCUGUGUCAAAUGUCGUCCCAACACCUUCUGGAUGCUGGUAGGAAAGAAUGCAGGCAAUGCAUUUCUGAGGAGGAACAUGAUGUACUGUAUUUGUAUGAAUCGUAAGGUUAUUUAAAGCCUAUACUCCUGUCAAAAUAAAGGAAAAGGAAAAUAAAAUUCA